CGAGGAGGGGCGCUGGUGCGAGAUGUGCUCCCAGGAGUCUGCCGCGGAAGUGGGAAACCUGUAGGCUAUAGUCCAGCUGUGCCGCGCCGAGGCGAGCAGGAGCUGGGAACAGAUAUUCACUUUGGAUCAUUUCUGAGGCUGAAUUCAGGACAAUCCCAAGGCAUAGAAGCAGCAUUGACUCGGGCCAGCCGAAUUUGGAAGAUGUAAAUUCCCAGCUCAUAGCACAGAAUGCUUCAUUUGAAAGUGUUGCUAUGUAGAAAGCCAGCUUUGCAGUCAUCGAACCUGUUCUCCCCAGAAGGUUGGCUGAAGGAUGGGAGCGGGUGUGCCUGUCUCUGAGGUCACAGCUUGAAGUCCUUUGAAAGUGCCUUCUGCUGCAGGAGCGAGACGUGCUGUGGUCUAACCCUCUCGUUGCAUUUUUUCAAACGGACUAUUUACCGGAGAUAUUAUACUCAGAACAGCAGAUAAUUCAACAUAUGAGGUGUUUCAUAUCAUCCAACAGCCAUAAAGUAAAGCUUAUUUCUCCCUUUAAAACAAUUGAACUGAGUGGCUUCUAAACAGAAGAUGAAAAUGUGGUUGCUGGUCAGUCAUUUUGUGAUUGUAUUAUUCACAAGCUGCCUAGGAGAGUUUACCUGGCACAGAAGAUUUGGUCAUGGGGUUUCUGAAGAAGACAAAGGAUUUGGACCAAUUUUUGAAGAGCAACCAAUCAAUACCAUUUAUCCGGAAGAAUCACUAGAAGGGAAAGUUUCACUGAACUGCAGGGCACGAGCCAGCCCUUUCCCAGUUUACAAAUGGAGAAUGAAUAAUGGGGACGUUGAUCUAACAAGUGAUCGAUACAGUAUGGUGGGAGGAAACCUUGUUAUCAACAAUCCUGACAAGCAGAAGGAUGCUGGCAUAUACUACUGUUUGGCAUCAAAUAACUAUGGGAUGGUCAGAAGUACUGAGGCAACACUGAGCUUUGGAUAUCUUGAUCCUUUUCCCCCUGAGGAGCGUCCUGAAGUCAGAGUGAAAGAAGGGAAAGGAAUGGUGUUGCUCUGUGACCCUCCUUAUCACUUUCCAGAUGAUCUCAGCUACCGCUGGCUUCUAAAUGAAUUUCCUGUGUUCAUCACAAUGGAUAAACGAAGAUUUGUGUCUCAGACGAAUGGAAAUCUCUAUAUUGCAAAUGUUGAGGCUUCUGACAAAGGCAAUUAUUCCUGCUUUGUAUCCAGUCCUUCUAUUACAAAGAGUGUAUUCAGCAAAUUCAUCCCACUCAUUCCGAUUCCCGAACGAACAACAAAACCAUACCCGGCUGAUAUUGUAGUUCAAUUUAAGGACAUAUAUGCACUGAUGGGCCAGAAUGUGACUCUAGAGUGUUUUGCACUUGGGAAUCCUGUUCCUGACAUCCGAUGGCGGAAAGUCCUAGAACCAAUGCCAAGCACUGCUGAGAUCAGUACCUCUGGAGCUGUUCUCAAGAUCUUCAAUAUCCAGCUAGAAGAUGAAGGUCUAUAUGAGUGUGAGGCUGAAAACAUUCGAGGAAAGGACAAACACCAGGCAAGAAUUUAUGUUCAAGCAUUUCCUGAGUGGGUAGAACAUAUCAAUGACACAGAGGUGGACAUUGGCAGUGACCUCUACUGGCCUUGCGUGGCCACAGGGAAGCCAAUACCUACAAUUAGAUGGCUGAAAAAUGGAUAUGCGUAUCACAAAGGGGAACUGAGACUGUACGAUGUGACCUUUGAGAAUGCUGGGAUGUAUCAAUGCAUAGCAGAGAACACAUAUGGAGCCAUUUAUGCAAAUGCGGAGUUAAAAAUCUUGGCUUUGGCUCCAACAUUUGAAAUGAAUCCUAUGAAGAAAAAGAUCCUGGCUGCUAAAGGAGGCAGGGUUAUAAUUGAGUGUAAACCGAAAGCUGCACCCAAACCAAAGUUUUCAUGGAGUAAGGGAACAGAGUGGCUUGUGAACAGUAGCAGAAUACUCAUUUGGGAAGAUGGUAGCUUGGAAAUCAAUAACAUUACAAGAAAUGAUGGAGGGAUUUAUACAUGCUUCGCAGAAAAUAAUAGAGGGAAAGCUAACAGCACUGGGACCCUUGUUAUCACAGAUCCCACGCGGAUCAUCUUGGCGCCCAUCAAUGCCGAUAUCACAGUUGGAGAAAAUGCUACCAUGCAGUGUGCUGCAUCCUUUGAUCCUGCCUUGGACCUCACGUUUAUUUGGUCUUUCAAUGGUUACGUGAUUGACUUCACCAAAGAGAAUAUUCACUACCAGAGGAAUUUUAUGUUGGAUGCCAACGGGGAACUACUCAUCCGAAACGCACAGCUUCGACAUGCAGGAAGAUACACUUGCACAGCCCAGACCAUUGUGGACAAUUCUUCAGCGUCUGCUGACCUUGUUGUGCGAGGUAAAAACAGAAAAGAUGGAGAGAAAAACUUGGUGGAUCCCUCUCUCCCCGUGUGUGCAAGCCUGCCUCCAACCUGGUGACCGUUGACACUCACCAUUUGUGUGAAAUCCUUCUUUAUUUUUGUAACAUAUUAUACUAGAUUUGACUAAUUAAUUCCAUUUCAUAGCUUCUGCAUUUUAUUCUGCCGCAGCCUAGCUCUUAGAGGAUGUUUUCCAUUUUGAAACUUCUAAACAUAUUUUUGGCCAGAAAGAGUUUUAAAAACAUAAUUAUACAGCUUCACUAAUCCCUGAAAACUAUGCCUAAUGAACUAACCCAGUGCAUCAUACAUAUACUGCCAAGUGAAAGUUCUGUAGUUUCCUGUCCUGUUUUGCUUUAAAAUUAUAUAUGGUAGAAUAUUAUUUGAAAAUUGUAUGGAGAACUCGUGAGUUAUAGCACAAUAGUAUUUUCACUGCUGCAUGAACUGUUUGAUUUAUUCAAGCAGGUAAUGAACAAUGUUGCUGUCAAAUAGGAUGUAAGCUAAAAGGUACAAUAUUCCAGCUGCCUUUGAAUCAUAGUGUAUUCAUAUUCCUUAGUGGAAAGGGGUGAAAUGUAACAGUAAACAGUGGAAGCCAGAUCUUGACCCUAAAGGUCUCUGAACAAUCCCUGGGAUUGGGAAAUGCACAUGGUCAGUAUGUGUACGGAAACACCAUGUCAGCGUGAGAAUUACCCGAAGAUUGGCGGAACCACUAACAAUACACAUUCACAUUAAAUUUGUUAACUCCUGCCAUCAGCCUUCUUGUCUUUGCAUUUGGAAAGAAGAUUGAAAGUUUUAUUGGAAUGAUUUUGGCAUAAGUGGGGGAUUAAAACUGAAAUGUGUGUAAUUCUGGGAUUGCUUAAGUUUCACUGUUUGAAAUUGCUUUCUUUUCUUUCUUAUGCUCAAAAUUCUUGUUCUUUCACAAGAAAUAAUUUUGUUCUUCUCAGAUGAUUUUAUAUUUAGAUAUGAGAUACUUCUCAUUUAGUAAUUCCAACAACUUCAUCUGUGGUUGGAAGAAUCCUCAGGAAGCCUUUGAGGGCUAUGAAUUUGAUUCUUAAAUCAUUACUUACACUAUUUUAUUUUAAAAAUAGUCAUUUUCAAGGAAUAAAUAUCGUUGUUUGAAGACAUUACGUAGUUCCAUCUUUUAUAUAUUUUAGUUUUAGUUUCAAUCCCUGAAAGAACUAACUUAGAAUUUAGGCAUGUAAUCCAGAUCAAUUUCUAGUUUAAUAAGAUAAUGGAAAUGAUCUUAUUGAGAAUUGAUGUUUUUAAGUAUCUGUAAACAUCACCAUGGAAACAUGUAUAUGAGUGAGUCAUCAUUACGGGCAUCUUCCUACAUAGUUCAUAUCUAAAAUUAAAUUACCAAGACCAGAUAGGAAUUUACAAGUUUGGAAAGGAAAAAAAAUAAAAAAUAAAACAUAAUUAUCAUAGUUGGUAACUGGGGAAGGGAUAACAUUCUUAUUUAAACUACAUCAGUAUCAAAUAAAAAAAUCCUGAUAUAUCUACCUAACAUUCACCUUGUUGUCAUUUUUCAUUAGGAGUUAAGUUCACUUUUAUUAAUGUCAGAGGUUAAGAAAACUACCAAACUCUUAUCACAUGGUAGAUAUGUUUAAUAUUUAGUUUUGUCUUAGCAUAGGUUCAAGAAUCAAUAUGAUCAAACAACACUGAUGUUUAUUUUAUAGAAUUAUUAUAGAGCAAUUGUUUUAACUAAUUUUCAAGGCAAGAUAAUACCUGUAACAUUAAAGGAACUUCAACUCCCUUAUCUGAGUAAAGAAAACACAUUGCUGAUAUUACUGAUAUUCUCUCUCAGCCACUUUCAUAUGAAAUUGUUUUAUUUGAAAAAGGAGCAUAGUUAGCUUUGAAAUAGUUUUCAUUUGUUACCAUGUUCAAACUUUUCAUUAGCAUUUAUCAUUUUGUAAAAGUGAUAAAUUGUAAAUGCUUGUAAAAGUAAGCAUUGAAGAGUAGGAGAUUUUAUGUAGUGCUUUGCUUUUAAUUACUGGAGCAUUAACUUUGGAAAAGAGAAUAACAGUGUCUUUCCUCCUUAAUGCAAAACAGGGUUCUAUAAGGUUUGUGAUUGAAGAGCAGGGUAUGUGAAGCUUGCCCGAAAAGACCAGUGGGCAGUGGUGGGUUCUUCCACUCUAGCUGUUUGGAAAUUUAGCUAUAAUGUUUAAAGGAAGACAAUAGCAUUGGGCUACUGCUCAGUAGCAUCACCAAUUUAAGUGAAGCCUGAAGUAUAUUCAUAGCUGCUGUAUGUUCCUCUGAAUCUUAGGGAGUUUGAAUUACAAAUUUCCUUUCCAAUUUAAUUUAUCAAAAAUGUCAAUGUUUUAUUGAUUGAGAAAAUAUGAUCAAUUUAUAAUGUGUGAAUAAUCACUUAAAAUAUAUUUUCCCACUACCUUUCCACAGAUGUUUGAACUGAUUUUCUUUGUAUGUUGCUGUAUUUUCAUUAUUUUACAUAAAUGAAACCCAAGUGGAAAUAAUAUAUAUCUUUCAUUCAUGCAAAGCUUUUUCUUCUAAAAAUAUUAACAAAACUUAUAAAAAAUUUUGGUGAUCAGGAAAAUGAGAUUUCACAAAUCUCAGGGUGAGGUGGUAAAUGCCCAUAUUCCGAACAAUAUGGAAGGCUGAGGCAGGAGGAUCACAAAUCCAGCCUGGACAAGUAACUGACUUAGCAAAAUCCUAUCUCGUGAAAAGAAUAAUUUAAAAUGGGUGUAGCUCAGUGCAAAGGUCCUGGGUCCAGCAUCUAGUUCUACAGGGAAGAAAAGUGGGAGAUGUAGUGAGUAUGAUUUAUAAAUGGGAGAUAUGCUAAUAUUCAUUAACAGAUAUAAUGUAGGUUUUAAAAGCUAUGAACAGUGUACACUGUUCUUUGUAAGACCUUUCCAGACCUACACAGUGGAACUGCAUGAUCUGAAUCUGUGCACAGACAUUUUCUCUCUUGAGGCCUCUAAUCCCAGAAAGCCCUGUGUCUUGUUCAGACUCUGCCUUCUGCCACUGCCACUCCUGAUAAUCUCUCUAUACUUAGCAUGUUUUCAUGAAGCACACAGAAUUGACUUCAUGAGCUCAGGAGUGUGUGCUCUACUAAAACAUUGAACUAUUUCUAUCAUCUGCUGAUAACUCAUGGUUUAAUACUAAAACAGUUCAAAACCAAGAAAAAUUUAAAGGAAAAAUACAAAUGUGACCAAUGAGAAUCUAUACUGAACCACAGUUGAUAGAGGAGGAUUAUAAUUCAAGACCUUUUUAGGUUUAAAAAAAUGGCAGAAACUGGUCUUAGCAAUUACUGUAGACUCCUUUUAGCUGAGUUUAAAGGCUCUACAGUGUAGAAAUAACACUACCAAGGACGUAGGUCCACUAUUUAUACUCUGUAGGGGAUGCCCUAUGCAACACUUUUAAUCAACUCUCUCUCAGAGGCCAUGUAAAACCAGAUAGAAAUAAUUAUUGUUGGAAAGCAGCAACUGUAAGAGAUAUGCAAUAAAUGUAGAAAAAGAGGAAUAGUUCAUGUGACAGCCUUUGCCUGGGCAAUACAAAAGACAGGCCAAAGAAAGGCAGCAAAAGGACACUGUGAGUUUGAAUAGGAAA